AUGGCACACGCGGCUCGCAUCGCGCGGCAGGCCGUGCAGGCCGCGACGAGCGCGCGCGUGCGAUUCUCCACGGAGGCGGCGAAAGCCUCGCGCGAGACGCUGCUGGUGGAGGACGACGCGGCGCUGCGCAAGUACAACCCGCAGAAGGCCGCCAUGGCCGCCUGCAACACCGUUGGUAACGCCGUCACGGCGCUCGUGCUCGCAGCGGCGGCCGUGGACCUGUCGUACCGCGUCAUGAACGCGCGCACGGACCAGGCCGUCCUCCACUCACUACCUCUCGUCAUGUGCCUCAACGCCACUGCCACCUCAUGCCCCAGCGCCACUGCCUUCCCCGCUUCCCUAACCAUUCAUCCUCUCCACCCCGCCUGCUACCCAUCCGCCCCUGACUUCUCCCCCUCGCACUCUUCCCACCCACCAUGUCAUGUCACCUCGAAGCCAGCACCAUCACCCGCAUCGCCUGCGGGUGCGGGUGGUGACGCGGAAUGGCUCGGCGGCCGCAGCAGCGACGAGGAGGCGAGCAGCGGCGAGGAGGCGCGCGACGAGGCGCAGCUGGGCGAGCUGCUCCCCGUGGCCGGCGCCGAGUGGCUCGCGGACGCGCCGCCGGCGGAAGUAGGGCAGGCGGAAACUGGUGAGGCGGAUACUAGGCAGGCGGAAAUGGGUCGGGCGGAAAGCAGGGGGGCGGAAACGGGGCCAGCUGAAACGGGGCAGGCGGAAACGGGGCAGGCGGAAACGAGGGGAGCGGAAACGAGGGGGACGGAAACGAGGGGAGCGGAGGUGGAGAUGGGAAGGGCGGAGGAGGCGCAAGGAGCGAGUGGAGCUGCUGAUGCCCAUGGCGCGCCGUCGGCACUGGCGACGCCGCACCCUGCACGUGCUCCCGCUGGUGCCACCGCGGCAGGCGAGGCGCGCACAGCGCCCGCGCAAGUGGAGGCGACUGGCGGAGGGGCGGGGCUGUCGCUGCCUGCCCCCGGCGAGAGCGCGCUCGCUGCCGCGCGGGAAGGGGAAGAGGAACGGGGGGCAGGGGAAGGAGAAGGGGAAAGGGGGAAAGGGAAAGGGGAUGAGAAAAAAGUGGAAGGGGAAGGAGAGGGAGGGGAAGUGAAGGGAGGGGAAAGGGAGAAGGUGGGCGGCUAUGAGGGGAGGCGGGGCGAGCAGCGCGUUGGCAGUGAUGGCGAGGCGGGAUUCCGCGCGCGCCACCUGCUGGCGCUGCUCAAGGCCGCCGCUGCUGCUGGCGGGCGCUGCUCGCUGCCCGUGAGAGGCGCUGGCGACGCGGGUGACAGCGGCAUCGCGGGCGAGGGCGCAGGCGGAGAGGGCGGAGGUGGGGGCGAGCAGCAGCGGAUGGUGGCGGCGUUCCUGCGCGCGCGCGAGGCAGGCGCGGCCGUGGCGAGUGGGAGAGGGGGGCGAGGCGAGGAGUGGGCGCGCAGGAGGCAGAGGCGCGCAGGCAGGGGCGGGCGCGUGGGGAGGGGGCGCUGGCAGGGGAGGGGCGCGAGGCGAGAGCGGGAAGCAGGCAGGGGAGGGGAAGUGGAAGGGGGGAGUGGAAUGGUUGAAGGCGACGAGGAGGGGCGAGCAGGGGGAGAUGGUGACGUGCAUGGCAGUGGUCGGGGCAGCAGCGACAGGGAGGGCGAGUCGAGCGACGGGCUGGAGGAGCUGCUGGCUGUGGCGGGGUGGGACCGCUGCGAGGACGCCCAGGGGCAUGCGGAGGGGCAGCAGCAGGAGGAGGCGCGUGGUGGUGCAGCGAGCAUGGUGGCGGUGCUGCCCCGGCUGGCCCGCGUGCAGCACCGCGCUGAGUGGGCACCCGACUCGGCGUGCACCCUCCUUGCCGCCACCUACAUCGCUCCCCAUGCCUCUGCGCCUGCUGGCGCGGCGAGGGGGCAGGUAGAGCGUGCGGAUGCACUCGUGCUGCGCCGCCGCGACCGGCAGGCCAGCGAGUUGCGGCGGAGGAGCAGGCUGGCCGCGGCAGCUGAGGCUGCAGCGGCGGCACGGAGGGCGGCGGGCGGUGCGGCGCACUCACGUGACGGACUGAGAGAGAGACGGCAGCGGGAGCGGGAGGAGAGGGUGCGGAGGCGAGCAGGGGGACAGGGAGGGGAGAAGAAGGCGGCGCUUGAUGUGCGUGGCAGGGCGAUGGAUGCGCGUGGCAGGGCGAUGGAUGCAGGUGCGGAGGAGGGCGGCAUGGGGUUGGCAGGCGAAGGCGGCAGGCGCGGUGUGACGCGUGCGGGCGCACUGCAUGGUGGGCGCAUGCACUGGCGUGAGCGACAACGCGGACAGGGAGGGGCGGAGGGUGGUGAGGGUGUGAGGCGGACAAGAGGGAGAGGGAAUGGGAGUGUGCGGGUGAUUGAGCAAGUGGUGAGGGAAGAGGCUGGGGUGAGUGAGAGCGAGUCCGAUGGGCUGGAGGGGGAGAUGAAGGAAGAGGUGGAGGAGGGAAGAAAGAGAUUGAGGCAGAGGGGGAGUGAGGGCGGUGGGGGGAGGACGAGACAGGAGCGGAAAGGGCGAGGUGGUGUGAGGGGAAGAAGGGCAGAUGAGCGAGCAGGUGUGGAGGGCUGCAGGGACGUGGAGAGCGUGAGUGAGGCAGGGAGUGGUGGCGAGGAGAGGGUCAGCAGGAAGGGAACACUAGGAGAUACGGGUAGUGAGAAGGGACGGGUAAGUGAGGAGAGGGGAAGAGCGGGGAGAAGUGAGGAGGAGCGGGCGAGAGAUGGAGAUGUGAGGGGCAGGCCCGUUGACUCGGGGUCGCGUCCUCCCCGGCAGCCCGUGAGGGAUGUGGCAGGCAAGUUCGCUGCAUGCAGUGCGGUGGCGGAGAAGGGAGGGAGGAAGAAGAGAAGGAGAGGCCAAGACGAGGAACGAGGUGUGGACGUGCAAGGCGGAGUGGAAGGCGGAGUGGGAGUGCAGCGAGGAGAGGUGCAGGGGAGUGGUGGUGGUGAGGGGGGCGUGCACGUGCAGGGCGCAGAGCGGGUAGAGAGGAGAGGCGCGGGAGUCCCUGUGACUCCCCAACAGGUGGAGGUGAAGCGACGCAGAGUGGUUGUGGCAGCAGCGGUAAGACCACCAGCACAACCUGCACAAGCACCACCAGUAGUAGCAGCGAGAACAGAGUCUGCAGCAGCAGCAGCAGCAGCAGCACCAGCAGCACCAGCAGCAGCAGCUGCACCAACACCAUCAGCAGCAGCAGCUGCAGCAGUGGCAGCAACACCACCACCAGCGGCAGCAGUGGCAGAGGGUGAGGCAGCAGCAGGGGUGGCAGUGGGAAGUGGUGGUGGCGGUGCAGCGGAGGCGGGCUCGUCCCUGCGGGGCACGGUGCGGGGGGGGCUGCGGGCCAUGGGGCUGUACGAGGGCAAGCGCGGCAUCAAGGCGGAGCUGCGGCACCAGCAGAGGGGCGUGGCAGCCAGUGCCAUGCGCGCCGUGCAGGAGAGCAGACGGGAGGAGGAGCGCGCAGUGCGGGCCAUGUGCGCCGUGGAAGCGGCGCAGGUGGCGCGGGUGGCGGCGGUGCAGGCGGAGUGUGACGCGCGCAUCAAUGCCUUCAUGCACCAGCUCUUCCGCGACAUGAGCACUCUCCAGGUGAGCAUGGGAGAAUGCACUCAUGCACAACACAAGGCAGCUAAUCAAGUGAGCAGGAAUCAUGGCAGUCCCGUGCAUCAACAGCACGGGCAGCUUUGUCAUGGGCGGGGCAUGAGGGGUGGGGCGAGGCAGAUGGAGGCGUGGGGGUGGGGCGAGGCAGAUGGAGGCGUGGGGGAGGUGCAGCAGCAGGUAGGCGUGGGGGAGGUGCAGCAGGAGGUUGGUGAGCCACAGCGGGUGGCGGCGAGCGGAGACAGUCAAGGGAGGAGGCGAGGAGACUGUCAGAGAGGGGCUGCGACUGUCAGAGAGGGGCUGUGA